AUGAUCCAAGGCUGUGCUCGAGGACGAGCCGUAGCCAUUAAACAAUUUAAUGUUGUAUACGAUUCAGAUAUACGUAUGAAAGAUCAAUAUAAUAUAACAAAAUUUUUUUAUCUGUGUGCUUCUUUUCCAGACGCCAAAACAGAAGAUUCAGUGGUGUCAAAUCAAGAUAUAAAAGAUUUACACGAGGAACAACCACAAACAGUAUCCAAUGCUCAGAAAAAAUGUUCUCGUUUUGAAAUCGAAAAUGAAAUUAUCAAUAUGCUUCAAAGCAUUUUACAAUUUGAUAAAAAAAUUUUAUGUCAAGCAGAAUUGUUGUAUAUCGGUGACGCUCAUGCCCAUUUGGAUAUUUUAUUUGAACAAUUAAAUUGUGCAAAACAAUCAAUUGGAAUAUAUCUACAACAUAAUCACCGUAUAUACAAUACUGGAUUUGAAAUGAAGUAUAUUGUCCAAGCAUAUUUCAUACCACGUCAUUUCAAUGAAGAGGACUGGCGUGAAACAUACUCGAAAUAUCUUGAACAUCCUGCCAUAUAUGGCAAAUGUGGUUUACAUCCAUUAUUUGCUGAUCACUACAACUUGAGUAUGGAGCUGAAUCUUCGUCGUUGUCUAUCUCAUAAAAAAGUUAAGGCUGUUGGAGAAAUUGGUCUUGAUUAUUAUAAUGCUUCUGCUCCAUCAAAAGAUAUUCAAAUUGAAGCUUUUCACAACCAAGUGCUAUUGGCACGAGAAAAAAACUUGCCUUUAAUCAUAUAUUCUCGUAGUAGCUUUAUUGACAUUAUGAAAAUAUUGUGCAAGGAGCUACCUGUUGAUUAUCAAAUAGCAUGGCGAAAUUUUGAGUAUGAAAACGCGGAAUUGAAUAUGUUAAACUCGAAGUUUAACUCUGUAUUCAUGACAUGCUCACCACACAUUUUCAAUAAUCUCCGAAUGAAGCAAAUAAUACAAGCGACAAAAAUCAGCUCAAUUUUACCAGAAAGCGUGUGUCCAAACUUAACUGUUCGUGAAUGUCCCAAUGUGUGGCGUACACAUCCUGUAUUUGUCGCUCCAGUUUACAACUUCAUAGCUGAACUGUAUGGAUUAUCAAUCGAAGAAACAUCAAAGCAGCUGGUAAACAAUAUUCAACGCUUUUUUAACUUGAGUUGA